AAAACAAAUAAACAUCUGCCAGGGAAUUAUAUUUCUCUUUCUUCUCUGUUUCAAUUUCCAUCCCAAGCUACCGAUCACCCUUUCCCCUUAUCUUUUUCCUUUUCUUCGUCAUCAUCAAUACUUCUUCUUCCUCUCCUCCUUUCGAACAACCCAUUUCCCGAUUUUCCAUCUGUGACGAAGUAGCCCCUUUUGAUCCCUGUUUCCCCUUCAUCCAAUUCUUCCUCUUCUCUGAUUCUCCUUCAAUUGAGUGUCGGUUGAUCCUUUUCGACGAUUUCAGGAGACCAAUCCACUGCGAUAUGAAACCGAACUGGCGUUGAUCGUUGCUUCUGCAAUUUGCUUUCUCUCCUCCGGCUUCAGGAAGAGAGAAGAAAGUUAGGAGACGUAACAAAAAGAAGAAGAAAGACAGAGGAUUCGAGAAUCUCUCAAUCGCCUUCUUACGUACGUCUGCCAGAGAAUAUUUCCUGGGGGUUUCUUCACUCUUUUGUUUGUUUCGUUGGUUGGGUGUUGGAGGUCUCUCAAAAUUGAUUCGGUUUUGGCUUGUCGGCUUCGGAUUCUUUUAGAUCGGCCGGAGUUUCAUGCUCUCCGCCGUUGAUCGGAGAAAGAAAGUUGAAGUCUUUUAGUUCUUCUCCCCCAAUUCGGCAAAGUUUCGGGCACUGCAAUUCGCCUUCUCCAGCAGUGCCCAAUGGACGCCACCGCUAGUGGAAACCCAACGGUUCAAUUCCACACCAUAACAGACCAACCCAUUACUGCAAUUGUUGUUGCUGUUUCGAAUUCUGCUUCAUCCACAUUUCAAAGGAACACCCGCCAUUGCUAUGGAGACUCCACUCCUGGAGAAUUCCCCUUGGCUGCUAACCCUUCCAUUGUCCUCCACGUCCUCACUGCAUGCAAUUUGGACCCUCAGGACCUUGCCAAGCUCGAGGCAAGUCAUUUCAUUUUCCAGUUCAUUGGUUCGAUUGUGGACCUCACUUUCCUUACUGGUGGAUUGAUGAUGCUGCUGAUUUCGUUUCCACCUUAACAUUUGUGCAGGCAACAUGUUCCUUCUUUAGGCAGCCAGCGAAUUUCGCCCCUGACUAUGAACUGUCGAUAUCAGAGCUUGCUGCUUUGGACAUGUGCCAGAAAAGGGCAAUCUUUAAGCCAAUGACAAUUGAUGAGCGUCAGGAUUUGAAGCAAAGAUGUGGUGGCUCAUGGAAGCUCGUGCUGAGAUUCUUGCUGGCUGGAGAAGCUUGUUGUAGAAGGGAGAAGUCGCAGGCGAUAGCUGGACCUGGUCACAGCAUUGCUGUGACUUCCGCUGGUGUAGUUUACUCAUUCGGCUCGAACAGCUCUGGACAGCUCGGGCAUGGCACUACCGAGGAGGAAUGGCGUCCUCGUAUUAUCAGAUCAUUGCAAGGAAUUAGGAUAAUUCAAGCCGCUGCUGGCCCGGGGAGGACAAUGCUGAUUAGCGACGCAGGCCUAGUUUAUGCUUUUGGUAAGGAUUCAUUUGGAGAGGCCGAGUAUGGAGUUCAGGGUUCCAAAAUGGUCACAAGUCCUCAACUUGUUGAAUCUCUGAAGAACAUAUAUGUAGUACAAGCUGCAAUUGGCAACUUCUUUACUGCUGUUUUAUCAAGAGAAGGGAGAGUGUAUACCUUCUCGUGGGGAAACGACGGAAGGCUCGGUCACCAGACUGAGCCUAACGAUGUUGAGCCUCACCCAUUGUUGGGAGCACUUGAGAACAUCCCCGUGGUACAAAUUGCUUCUGGAUAUUGCUAUCUUCUUGCCCUCGCCUGCCAACCUAGUGGCAUGUCGGUGUACUCAGUCGGGUGUGGAUUGGGUGGGAAGUUAGGACAUGGGUCGAGAACCGACGAGAAGCAACCUCGACUGAUCGAGCAGUUCCAGGCAUUGAACCUUCAGCCGACGGUGAUCUCAGCUGGUGCUUGGCAUGCAGCUGUGGUUGGCCGAGAUGGACGAGUGUGCACAUGGGGGUGGGGUCGUUAUGGCUGCUUGGGCCAUGGGAAUGAGGAAUGUGAGUCAGCUCCUAAAGUUGUCGAGGCUCUCGGCAAUGUGAAAGCUGUUCAUGUGGCUACUGGAGACUACACCACGUUUGUGGUAUCUGAAGAUGGCGAUGUGUAUUCGUUCGGUUGUGGUGAAUCGGCUAGCCUUGGACACAAUGCGGUUGUCGAUGAAGAGCAAGUGAACAGGCACGCGAACGUGUUGAGCCCCGAGCUGGUGACAUCACUGAAAGAAGUGAAGGAGAGAGUGGUCCAGGUCAGCCUGACCAACUCCAUCUACUGGAAUGCUCACACUUUCGCUCUGACAGAAUCCGGGAAGCUCUAUGCGUUCGGGGCGGGGGAUAAAGGUCAGCUCGGGGUAGAGCUCGUGAACAACCAGACUGAAAGGGGCAAUCCAGAAAGGGUGGAUGUUGAUCUGAGCUAAAACUAAGAACAAAAUAACAGGAGAAAAAAAAGGCCAUAGCUUGCACAUAGCAACACAGCAAAAUGGCUUUGCAUCUGAUGAUUUGGGGGAUUUUUAUAACUUAUGAAUUCAUGCAUCCAUCAAUCUCUUAGGAACUUGCAUUUGGCGUCGUUCUUAAGGAUCAUUUGUCUAGAUUUGGGGUUUAAUGUUUAUGGUGUAAAUAGAAGGAACAGACAGUACAGAAGAACUGUGAAGGGUUUUUCUUCUCUUUUGUUAAUUUGGGUUUAGGGUAGUAGGGUCAGGGGAGGGUCCCAGAAAAAAGCUCAGCAAGCUGAUAACUGCGCCAUGGCUAAUGGUCAAAUGUGGGGCACUGGUAGUUAUGGGUGUCUUGGGGCUCUCUUGACCCAAACUUGUUAAUAGCUCUUUAACAUUUCAUUAAUAACUUGUUAGUUUGCCUCCAUGAAAGCUUCACCAGCAGUCUGAGUUGUGGGCUGAUUGUGUCGAUAUGGACAAUGAUUUCAGCAGCUGCUGCAACCUGCA